AUGUUAGGCCCUAAGCUAGUUCAGACCACCAAUGCAGCCAUACAGAAGAUUAGAGCUCGUAUAUUGAUAGUGCAGAGCAGACAGAAGAGUUACACUGAUGAACGACGUAAGGAUCUCCAGUUUGAUGUGGGAGACAUGGUUUUCCUGAAGGUAGCACCUAAGAAGGGUGUUUUGAGGUUCAAGAAGAAGGGGAAGCUAAUUGACUUUGAACCAUUGCAAAUUAAUGAGAGCUUGAGCUAUGAGGAGCAAUUCGUUAAGAUUUUAGCAAGAGAAGUCAAGAUGCUCCGCAACAGAGGAAUUGCAGUGGUCAAGGUUCUUUGGCAAAAUCAUAAAGCUGAAGAGGCCACAUGGGAGAGAGAGGACGACAUAAGAGCCCAGUACCCCGAGCUGUUUGAGGAUUAG